CUCUUGUAACUAUUGGGAAAUCUGUAAUCACUUUGCUCUGGAUUAGGGUUCGUUGAUCUAAAUCGGGUCAAUAGGGUGAUGUAAGGUAGUUAGUAAACAGAACAAUCUGCUUGUUGUUAUUCUACGAGAUCGUCUGUUUGAUUCCCAGUCAAAUGACUCAAAUGUCUCUGUUCCGACGAGUCUUCUACAAAAACCCUCCGGAUCGACUUGUCGAGAUCGCAGAGGGUGUCUAUGUUUUUGACUGCUGUUUCUCGAGCCAUGUUAUGAAAGAGGGUGACUACAAAGCGUACUUCGGUGGCAUCGCGGCGCAGCUACAUGAUCAGUUCCCGGAUGCUUUUCACUUGGUGUUUAACUUUGGAGAAGGAGAAAAGCGGAGUCAAAUCUCAGACGUGUUGUCUCAAUGCGACAUGACGGUAAUAAAUUAUCCAAGCCACUACGAGAGUUGUCCGCUUUUGCCUCUCGAGAGGAUCUGUCACUUCCUAAGAUCAAGCGAAAGCUGGUUAACAGUGGAAGGUGGAACUGUUCUCUUGAUGCAUUUCGAAAGAAGUAGCUGGCCUCUUGUUGCGUUUAUGCUACCAGGGCUUUUGUUGCACGUUAAGCAGUACCGGGGCGUGCACAAGACUCUUGCGACGGUACACAAACAGGCUCCCAUGGAGGAGCUUCUUCGUCUUUCGUCUCCACUGAACCCUCAGCCUUCUCAACUACGAUAUCUUCACUACAUUUCUACAAGAGAUUUCGACUCUGGUAGGCCUCCUCUAGAGACGCCGGUUCUUAUGGAUUGCUUGAUACUCAGAGACCUCCCACGUUUUGAAGGGAGAAAAGGUUGCAGACCGAUUUUACGUGUUUAUGGUAAGGACCCUAAAUACGGAGGCAUCACCAGUUCCACGCUUCUCUUUUCCAGUCCAAAGACCAAGAAGCACACUCGACUUUACCAGCAGGAAGAGCUUAUCUUGGUGAAACUAGAUGUCCAGUGCCGUGUUCAAGGGGAUGUUGUUGUGGAAUGCAUACACUUGCGUGAUGAUUUGGUUCGUGAGGAGAUGCUCUUUAGGAUCAUGUUCCACACGGCGUUUCUACUUUUCUCUGGCUCUGAUGCCGUGGUGCCUACUACCGCAACAGCUACAACAUCAGAAGAUGAGAACGAUUUCGAUAUUAUUUCACCUGAGGAAUUUUUUGAGGGCCUCGGAAGGAAGCUUAUGGGGCGAGUUACAGAGGCAUGGAGAAGCACAAACGUAUUGGACCCAAUAUUUGAUGCAUCAGAAAUACAGAGCCUUUUCUCUGCUGCAAUGCCAAAACCUGAAAAAGUUCGACUGAUUGACCUUAGGAGAGCCUAUAACAUGAAAAUUAUGCUUACGAAAUUAAAGAUGCCGCUGCCUGAUAUGAUGGCUGCAGUUCUGGAAAUGGAUGAUACUGUACUAGAUAAUGAUCAAAUAGAGAAUCUUAUAAAGUUUUUCCCAACCAAGGAAGAGAUGGAACUUCUUAAGAGCUACACUGGUGACAAGGCAAACUUGGGAAAGUGUGAGCAGUACUUUCUAGAGCUAAUGAAGGUGCCACGAGUAGAAUCUAAGCUGAGAGUGUUUUCCUUCAAGAUUCAAUUCGGCACUCAGAUAACAAAAUUUGAAAAACGUUUACAUGUUGUAAGUUCUGCGUGUGAUGAGAUCCGUUCUUCACAAAAGCUAAAAGAAAUCAUGAAACAUAUUCUUUACCUGGGGAACACAUUAAACCAAGGAACUGCCAAGGGUGCUGCAGUGGGAUUUAAGCUGGAAUCUUUAUUAAAAUUAAGCGAUACACGUGCUCCUAACAGCAAGAUGACUCUCAUGCAUUAUCUUUGCAAGGUCCUUGCUUCCAAAGCAUCACAUUUACUGGACUUUUACAAGGAUCUUGAAAGUCUUGAAUCAGCUUCAAAGAUACCAUUGAAGUCGCUGGCUGAGGAAAUGCAAGCUAUAAGCAGAGGAUUGGGAAAGCUGGAGCAGGAGCUCAUUGCAUCCGAAAGUGAUGGUCCGGUUUCUGAAGUUUUCCGUAAAAAAUUGAAGGGCUUCAUCCCCAUUGCUGACUCUCGAGUAAAACCUCUAGUGAGACAUUACUACCUCCUGGCAACGAAUGCUGACGCACUUGGGUUUUAUUUGGGGGAGGAUCUCAACCGUUUUCCAUUUGAACAAGCUAUUGCGACGCUCUUGAAAUUUAUAAAGUUGUUUAAGAAAGCACAAGAAGAGAAUGUCAAGCAAGCCUAUCAUAGAGGGCCUGAGGCAUUUGGGUCACCUCCUCCACCGCCGCCACCACCUCCGUGUCCAGGUUUGUGGUCUUCCUCAGGUCAAGUAAAGAAGUGGUCUCUCAAGUCAUCAGAAGAAAGGGCUUACAGGAAUAGUUAAGGGAAGAGUAACAUAGACAUGGAGAAGCACAAAACUUCACCUAAUCGACCACGAAAGCUAUACUUGGCAUUAUUCAUAAACAUUUGUCUUUUUCUUUCCUAGAUUAGAGAUGAACCAGAUCUUAGUAGGAACAAACUGGCCAAAUUCCCGGUUCGACCGGAUGGUUUGUGUUGGUUGGUUCUAAACGAUUUUAGAAAUGUUUCAACAAAAUGAGAUUAAUUUGUUGGAUUUAUAUAAUUCUAGUCUUUUAUUGUAGGAGUGAUAUUUUAAUAUAACCUUUUAAGUUGAAAAUAUAAAAGAGAAUAAUUU